AUAAAAUAAAUCUUGAUUAAGAAGAUGAAGAAUGGGAAGAAGAUUUCGAAUUUCCCUAUGAAGGCACAAUAUAAUAGGUAGAACUAGAAAACGAAGAUGAAUUAAGCGAUUUUUCAGAAGAGUUUGAGAAAAUAUUAGAGAAAUCCGAAUAAAAAAAACCGAAAAAAGAAGAAAAAAGCAUUCAAGUAUAAAAACAAUUGACAAAAUACACUUAAUUUAAUUUAUCAGAAAAUUUAAUUUAAAGAUAAUAAGACUUAUAAAAAUUUGUAUUAAGUUGCAUCCAAACAUUACCAUUCGAUAAUAUAUAAAAAUUAAUGUUUAUAGUAGAUUAUUUUAAACAGAAAAUGCUAUCAUCAAAAACACCUUAAUUAAAAAAACAUCACGAGGAAUAUUUACUAAGAUAAAUAUAGAAAAUUCUGAAAGAAGAACAUUCUAAAAUACUCGAGUAAUUUAUAAAAAUAGAUAUUACAGAUUUGAAUAUAAAUCUUUUUACUAAUUCUGUUAAAGACUAUGAACAAAACUAAGAAGUUAAAAAUAAAAUAGCUUAAUUUGAUGUUUUCAAAGAAUCUAAUCUGCCUAAAACAACUUUUUUAUUAAAUGAACUUGAAGAAAAGUAUUAAAAAACUUAAUAAGAUUCCCAAAUUUAACUAUAAUUUGAGAAAAUAACGUAAUUUGAAUUUAAUAAAAAAAAUAUUUUGUUUCAUCAUAAAAAUUAAUUGAUUUAAAAAAAUGAUUAAUUUGAUCUUUCCUUACAUUCUUUUCUUUUCCAAGAAGAUAAAUUUUUAUAAGACGAUGAUUUUCCUUAAGAAAAUUUUGUUUUGGAUCCUUCAAAAACUUUUUAAUAAAAAAUUUAUUAAAAAGACCUCAAAUUUUUGGAAUCAUAAGAGCAUAACUUGAUAGAUGAUACAUAAUAAGAUGUUAUUGUGUAGAAAAAUCAUGAAUUAGAUUUUUUUUUAAAUCUUGAAGAGGAAAAAAACUUUUUAGAAAACCUCAAAAUGUAAAAAUUAAAUGAAGAAAAAACUCAAUAAAUAAAUAAAUAUGGUAGAAACAACCGAAACUAAAAAAUUAGUUAAGAGAUAGUCAAACUUUAAUAAGAAUAAUCUGAAAAAAAUGAUUUUUCUUAGAAAUCAAAUUGGGUUUAUGUAUAUAAUCUCAGAUAUAACAUUUACGAAACGCCUUUAUACACUCAAUCUAUUUUAGAAUUUAUAAAAAAAACAUUCGGAGAAAUCGAAGAAAUAAAGUUUUAUAAUUAUAGCGACUUCUUCGAGUUAAAGUAACAAGAAGAAAAAGAUCCCAAUUAACUUUUCGAAGAAGUAGAAGAGUAUAUGAAAAAUUUAAAAGGAAAAAAAAUUAAAAAAGAAGAAGAAAAAAUUGAAAAUAGUAAUGAAAUAAAUGAAGAUAAACUAAAUAAAAUGCUACUUAAAACAUAAAAAAUACUAAAAAAUAUUGAAGUAGUGAACAAUAAAAAAUUAAACAGAUCAUACGCAAUGAUAAAGUUUAAAAAAAACGAGGAUAAAAAUAAAUGUUUAUUACCUGAUGUAAGAGUUUUUGGGGUUUAUAAUAUGAUGGAAACUAUGUAUUUUGAUGAUGCAGAUUAUAAACAUUCGGUUUUAAUAAAUAAUAUUCCUUGGGGAACUAGUGUUGAAAACUUUGUCAAUAAAAUAAAUGUUUUUUUAAAAUAAAAAGGAAAAAAAAAUAUCAAAAUUUUAUAAGAUGAAAGUAUUUAAGAUGAUGUUAUUACUAAAUAUUUCCUUAUUAUCAAGCUAAAUUCUUUGUAAGAAAGUAUGGAAUUAGUUGAAAUUGUUGGAAAAGGAGAAUUUUUUAUAAAUAAUCAUAAAAUUUAGUGUAAUCAUUGUUAUGGUAGUUUAAAAUAAUUGACAUAAAAUUAAUUUUCUGAAGUUACUGAUAUUUAUGUUGAUAAAGAAAAAAAUCUUAAAGACCAAUAAAAUAAUGCAAAGAUUUUCGAAUUAUGGAAUGCAUAUAAAAAGCACAUUAAUUCAAAAAAAGAUGAAGAAAAGAUAGAUGAUUUAAGUGUAGAAAUUAAUGAUGAGGAACUUAACCUUAUUAAGGAAUAGGAAUAAUUUGGUAAAUUUGAAUUUUUAAACGAAAUGGAUGACGAAGUUUCAUUAAAUACAAAUUAAUAUAAAUUAUGAAAUAUGUAUUGAAUAUGUAUUUUUCUAUAUAAAAACAAAAUACUUAUCUGUAAAAAUGUAUAGUUUUUUAAAUUAUGGUAUGCGAUAUAAUCU